AUGGCCGAGAGCUCCCCUCUGCCCUCCUCCCCUGCUGCAGCUGAGCCAGGAAUCACGGAGCAGCCCGGGCCCCAGAGCCCCCCUCCCUCCCCUCCAGGGCCGGAGGAGGAGCCCCUGGACGGAGCCGAUCCAGACGUCCCUCACCCAGACCUGGCGCCCGUUGCCUUCUUCUGCCUGCGACAGACCACCAGCCCCCGGAACUGGUGUAUCAAGAUGGUGUGUAACCCAUGGUUUGAAUGUAUCAGCAUGCUGGUGAUCCUGCUGAACUGCGUGACACUUGGCAUGUACCAGCCGUGCGACGACAUGGACUGCCUGUCAGACCGCUGCAAGAUCCUACAGGUCUUUGAUGACUUCAUCUUUGUCUUCUUUGCCAUGGAAAUGGUGCUCAAGAUGGUGGCCCUGGGCAUUUUUGGCAAGAAGUGCUACCUUGGGGACACAUGGAACCGACUGGAUUUCUUCAUUGUCAUGGCAGGGAUGGUCGAGUACUCCCUGGACCUCCAGAACAUCAACCUGUCGGCCAUCCGCACCGUGCGCGUCCUGAGGCCCCUCAAAGCCAUCAACCGUGUGCCCAGUAUGCGGAUCUUGGUGAACCUGCUCCUGGACACGCUGCCCAUGCUGGGGAAUGUCCUCCUGCUCUGCUUCUUUGUCUUCUUCAUCUUUGGCAUCAUCGGUGUGCAGCUCUGGGCGGGCCUGCUGCGCAACCGCUGCUUCCUGGAGGAGAACUUCACAAUACAAGGGGAUGUGGCCCUGCCCCCCUACUACCAGCCGGAGGAGGACGACGAGAUGCCCUUCAUCUGCUCCCUGUCGGGGGACAACGGCAUCAUGGGCUGCCACGAGAUUCCCCCGCUCAAGGAGCAGGGCCGCGAGUGCUGCCUGUCCAAGGAUGACGUCUAUGACUUCGGGGCGGGGCGCCAGGACCUCAACGCCAGUGGGCUCUGUGUCAACUGGAACCGCUACUACAAUGUGUGCCGCACAGGCAGCGCCAACCCCCACAAGGGCGCCAUCAACUUUGACAACAUCGGCUAUGCCUGGAUCGUCAUCUUCCAGGUGAUUACUCUGGAAGGCUGGGUGGAGAUCAUGUACUACGUGAUGGAUGCUCACUCCUUCUACAACUUCAUCUAUUUUAUCCUGCUUAUCAUAGUGGGCUCCUUCUUCAUGAUCAACCUCUGCCUCGUUGUCAUAGCGACCCAGUUCUCGGAGACCAAGCAGCGGGAGCAUCGGCUGAUGCUGGAGCAGCGGCAGCGCUACCUGUCCUCCAGCACGCUGGCCAGCUACGCCGAGCCAGGGGACUGCUACGAGGAGAUCUUCCAGUACGUCUGCCACAUCCUGCGCAAGGCCAAGCGCCGGGCCCUGGGCCUCUACCAGGCCCUGCAGAGCCGGCACCAGGCCCCGGGGGCAGCCGGCUCCGCCAAGCCCGGGCCCCACGCCAAGGAGCCCAGGCGCUACAAGCUGUGCCCCCGACACAGCCCCCCGGACUCGACGCUGCACAUGCUGGUGCAGCCCAUCUCUGCCAUUCUGGCCUCCGACCCCGCCAGCUGCCCCCGCUGCCAGCACGAGGCGGGCCGGUGCUCGGGCCUGGGCGGCAGCAACUCGGGCCAGGAGGGCUCGGGCUCCGGGGGCUCGGGCGGCGGCGAGGACGAGGCCGGCGGGCACGGGGCCCGGAGCAGCGAGGACGGGGCCUCCUUGGAGCUGGAGGACGAGGACGAGGAGGGGCGGGCGGACGGGGCCGCCUGGCUGUGCGGAGACGUGUGGCGGGAGACGCGAGCCAAGCUGCGGGGCAUCGUGGAGAGCAAGUACUUCAACCGGGGCAUCAUGAUGGCCAUCCUGGUCAACACCGUCAGCAUGGGCAUCGAGUACCACCCGCAGCCCGAGGAGCUGACCAACAUCCUGGAGAUCUGCAAUGUGGUCUUCACCAGCAUGUUCGCCCUGGAGAUGCUGCUGAAGCUGGCCGCCUUCGGGCUCUUUGACUACCUGCGGAACCCCUACAACAUCUUCGACAGUAUCAUUGUCAUCAUCAGCAUCUGGGAGAUUGUGGGGCAGGCGGACGGCGGGCUGUCGGUGCUGCGGACCUUCCGGCUGCUGCGGGUGCUGAAGCUGGUGCGCUUUAUGCCUGCGCUGCGGCGGCAGCUGGUGGUGCUCAUGAAGACCAUGGACAACGUGGCCACCUUCUGCACGCUGCUCAUGCUGUUCAUCUUCAUCUUCAGCAUCCUUGGGAUGCACAUCUUUGGCUGCAAAUUCAGCCUCCGCACGGACACGGGAGACACAGUCCCUGACCGCAAGAACUUUGACUCCCUGCUGUGGGCCAUUGUCACGGUGUUCCAGAUCCUUACCCAGGAGGACUGGAAUGUCGUCCUCUACAAUGGCAUGGCCUCCACCUCCCCCUGGGCCUCCCUCUACUUCGUUGCCCUCAUGACCUUCGGCAACUAUGUGCUCUUCAACCUGCUGGUGGCCAUCCUGGUGGAGGGCUUCCAGGCAGAGGGCGACGCCAAUCGCUCCUACUCGGACGAGGACCAGAGCUCAUCCAACAUGGAGGAGUUUGACAAGCACCAGGAGGGCCUGGACAGUGGCGGAGAUCCCAAGCUCUGCCCAAUCCCCAUGACCCCCAAUGGGCACCUGGACCCCAAUCUCCCAGUGGGUGGACAUCUGGGCCCCACUGGGGCUGCAGCAUCCGCCCCCCGCCUCUCGCUGCAGCCAGACCCCGUGCUAAUGGCCUUGGGCUCCCGCAAGAGCAGUGUCAUGUCACUGGGGAGGGUGAGCUACGACCAGCGCUCCCUGUCCAGCUCUCGGAGCUCCUAUCAUGGGCCGUGGGGCCGCAGUGGGGCCUGGGCCAGCCGUCGCUCCAGCUGGAACAGCCUGAAGCACAAGCCCCCGUCGGCGGAGCACGAGUCCCUGCUCUCGGCGGCGGAGCGCAGCAGCGGCGCCCGGGCCUGCGAGGGCGCCCGGGCCUGCGAGGGUGCCCGGGAGGAGGGGCCGCUGCGGGCCGCGCCCCUGCACGCCCCGCACGCCCACCAAGCGCAGCACGGUCCCCACCUGGCGCACCGUCACCGCCCCCACCGCCGGACACUGUCCCUCGACACCAGAGAUUCGGUGGACCUGGCCGAGCUGGGGCCCGCCGUGGGCACCCACCCACGGGCUGCCUGGAGGGCGGCAGGCCCGGCCCCCGGGCACGAGGACUGCAACGGCAGGAUGCCCAGCAUCGCCAAGGACGUCUUCACUAAGAUGGGCGACCGCCUGGCUCGCGGGGAGGACGAGGAGGAGAUGGACUACACUCUGUGCUUCCGCGUCCGCAAGAUGAUUGACGUCUACAAGCCUGACUGGUGUGAAGUCCGCGAGGACUGGUCUGUCUACCUCUUCUCCCCUGAGAACAGGUUUCGGGUCCUGUGUCAGACCAUCAUCACCCACAAGCUCUUCGACUAUGUCGUCCUGGCCUUCAUCUUCCUCAACUGCAUCACCAUUGCCCUGGAGCGGCCCCAGAUUGAGGCCGGCAGCACGGAACGCAUCUUCCUCACUGUGUCCAACUACAUCUUCACAGCCAUCUUCGUGGGCGAGAUGACACUGAAGGUGGUCUCGCUGGGCCUGUACUUCGGUGAGCAGGCGUACCUGCGCAGCAGCUGGAAUGUGCUGGAUGGCUUCCUUGUCUUCGUGUCGAUCAUCGACAUCGUGGUGUCCCUGGCCUCGGCCGGGGGAGCCAAGAUCCUGGGGGUCCUCCGGGUGCUGCGGCUCCUGCGCACCCUACGACCCCUGCGUGUCAUCAGCCGGGCACCUGGCCUGAAGCUGGUGGUGGAGACACUCAUCUCCUCCCUCAAGCCCAUUGGCAACAUCGUCCUCAUCUGCUGUGCCUUCUUCAUCAUCUUUGGCAUCCUGGGGGUGCAGCUCUUCAAGGGCAAGUUCUACCACUGUCUGGGCAUAGACACCCGCAACAUCACCAACCGCUCCGACUGCGUGGCCGCCAACUACCGCUGGGUCCACCACAAGUACAACUUCGACAAUCUGGGCCAGGCCCUGAUGUCCCUCUUUGUGCUGGCCUCCAAGGACGGUUGGGUGAACAUCAUGUACAAUGGACUGGACGCCGUCGCUGUGGACCAGCAGCCCGUGCCCAACCACAACCCCUGGAUGCUGCUCUACUUCAUCUCCUUCCUGCUCAUCGUCAGCUUCUUCGUGCUCAACAUGUUCGUGGGUGUCGUGGUGGAGAACUUCCACAAGUGCCGGCAGCACCAGGAGGCCGAGGAGGCGCGGCGGCGCGAGGAGAAGCGGCUGCGGCGCCUGGAGAAGAAACGCCGGAAGGCCCAGCGGCUGCCCUACUAUGCCACCUACUGUCCCACGCGGCUGCUCAUCCACUCCAUGUGCACCAGCCACUACCUGGACAUCUUUAUCACCUUCAUCAUCUGCCUCAAUGUGGUCACCAUGUCCCUGGAGCACUACAAUCAGCCCACGUCUCUGGAGACAGCCCUCAAGUACUGCAACUACAUGUUCACCACUGUCUUUGUGCUGGAGGCUGUGCUGAAGCUGGUGGCAUUUGGUCUGAGGCGCUUCUUCAAGGACCGGUGGAACCAGCUGGACCUGGCCAUCGUGCUGCUGUCGGUCAUGGGUAUCACGCUGGAGGAGAUCGAGAUCAACGCAGCGCUGCCCAUCAACCCCACCAUCAUCCGCAUCAUGCGGGUCCUGCGCAUUGCCCGGGUGCUGAAGCUGCUGAAGAUGGCCACGGGAAUGCGGGCCCUGCUGGACACCGUGGUGCAAGCUCUGCCCCAGGUGGGCAACCUGGGCCUCCUCUUCAUGCUGCUCUUCUUCAUCUACGCUGCCCUGGGAGUGGAGCUCUUCGGGAAGCUGGUCUGCAAUGACGAGAACCCAUGUGAGGGCAUGAGCCGGCACGCCACCUUCGAGAACUUCGGCAUGGCCUUCCUCACGCUCUUCCAGGUCUCCACUGGCGACAACUGGAACGGGAUCAUGAAGGACACACUGCGGGACUGCACCCACGACGAGCGCAGCUGCCUGAGCAGCCUGCAGUUCGUGUCGCCGCUGUACUUUGUCAGCUUCGUGCUCACGGCCCAGUUCGUGCUCAUCAACGUGGUGGUGGCCGUGCUCAUGAAGCACCUGGACGACAGCAACAAGGAGGCCCAGGAGGACGCCGAGAUGGACGCCGAGCUCGAGCUGGAGAUGGCCCACGGCCUGGGCCCCGGCCCGGGGCCACCCGCCGGCUCCCCGGGGGCGCACGUGCCUGGCUGCGGGCCAGGAGGGGCGGGCGGCGCGGGCGACGCCGAGGGCCACCUGAUCCGAAACUGCUACUCGCCAGCCCAGGAGAACCUGUGGCUGGACAGCGUCUCUUUAAUCAUCAAGGACUCCUUGGAGGGGGAGCUGACCAUCAUCGACAACCUGUCCGGCUCCAUCUUCCACCACUACUCCUCGCCUGCCGCCUGCGAGAAGUGUCACCAUGACGAGCAGGAGGUGCAGCUGGCCGAGACAGAGGCCUUCUCCCUGAACUCAGACAGGUCCUCGUCUAUCCUGCUUGGCGACGACCUGAGUCUGGAGGACCCCGCAGCCUGCCCACCCGGCCCCAGAGACAGCAAGGGGGAGCCAGAUCCGCCUGAGCCGAUGCGGGUGGGGGACCUGGGUGAAUGCUUCUUCCCCUCAUCCAACACGGCCGUCUCGUCGGGUCCGGAGAACUUUCUGUGUGAGAUGGAGUCGAUCCCAUUCAACGCCGUACGGUCCUGGCUGAAACACGAGAGCACCCAAGCGCCCCCGAGCCCCUUCUCCCCGGAUGCCUCCAGCCCACUCCUGCCCAUGCCCGCCGAGUUCUUCCACCCUGCUGUGGCCGCCAGCCAGAAAGGACAGGAGAAGGGCGCUGGUGCCGGGACACUCCCCAAGAUUGCCCUGCAGGGCUCCUGGGCGUCCCUGCGGUUGCCCAGCGUCAACUGCACCCUCCGUCAGCAGGCCACGGGGAGCAACACGUCGCUGGAGGGCAGCCGCAGCAGCUCGGCGGGCAGCCUGCAGACCACGCUGGAGGACAGCCUGACCCUGAGCGACAGCCCGCGGCGCGCCCUGGGGCCUCCCGCGCCCGCCCCGGGGCUCCGCGCCGGCCCGUCGCCAGACGCCCGCCGUCGCCCGAGCCUGCGGGGCCGAGGCUCGUUCAGCCUGAGCGGGCUGCGGGCGCAUCAGCGCAGCCACAGCAGCGGGGGCUCCACCAGCCCGGGCUGCACCCAGCACGACUCCAUGGACCCGUCGGACGAGGAGGGCGCGGGCGGCCGGGCCGGCGGGGGCGGCGGGGGCGCGGGCAGCGAGCACUCGGAGACGCUCAGCAGCCUUUCGCUCACCUCCCUCUUCGGGCCGCCGCCCCCGCCGCCCGGCCUCCCGUCCGCGCGCAGGUUCAGCAGCACCAGCAGCCUGGCCGCCGGCCCCGGCCGCCCCCGCGCCGCCGCCCGGCCCCGAGGCCUGGCCCGCAGCCCCUCCUGGGCCGCCGAUCGCCGCAAGGACCCGCCGUGCCAGGCCGAUCCGGCCGCCGCCCGGGGCCCCUGGACGCCCGAGCCGCAGCCGCCACCGGGCGAGCCACAGCCCGGGGACGCCGCGAGCCAGGGGAGGAGAUGA